GCGGCUCCGCACACCCAAGAUGGCGGCGGUGGAGCUGGAGUGGGUGCCCGAGACGCUCUAUAACACGGCGAUCUCGGCCGUGGUGGAUAGCUACGGGCGGGCCCGGCGCCGGGACAUCCGCUCGCUGCCCGAGAACAUCCAGUUCGACGUUUACUACAAGCUUUACCAACAGGGCCGCUUAUGCCAGCUGGGUAGUGAAUUUUGUGAGCUAGAAGUUUUUGCAAAGGUGCUACGAGCUUUAGAUAAAAGACAUCUGCUUCAUCACUGUUUUCAGGCUUUGAUGGACCAUGGAGUAAAAGUUGCUUCUGUACUGGCCUAUUCUUUCAGCAGACGGUGCUCCUACAUAGCAGAGUCAGAUGCUGCUGUGAAAGAAAAAGCAAUCCAGAUUGGUUUUGUUUUAGGGGGUUUCCUCUCAGAUGCAGGCUGGUACAGUGAUGCUGAGAAGGUGUUUCUUUCCUGCCUUCAGUUGUGUACCCUCCACGAUGAAAUCCUUCAUUGGUUUCGUGCUGUGGAAUGUUGUGUAAGGUUGCUGCACGUUCGAAAUGGGAACUGUAAAUAUCACUUGGGAGAAGAAACGUUCAAACUGGCUCAGUCUUACAUGGACAAACUCGCAAAGCACGGUCAGCAAGCAAACAAAGCGGCGCUCUACGGGGAGCUGUGUGCACUGCUCUUUGCCAAGAGCCACUACGAUGAGGCUUAUAAAUGGUGUAUAGAAGCUAUGAAGGAGAUCACGGUUGGCCUGCCUGUAAAAGUAGUAGUGGAUGUUUUACGACAAGCUUCAAAGGCUUGUGUUGUAAAACGUGAAUUUAAGAAGGCUGAACAGCUGAUAAAACAUGCAGUCUACCUUGCCCGGGAGCAUUUUGGAGCCAAGCACCCCAAAUAUUCUGACACGCUACUAGAUUAUGGAUUUUACUUGCUCAACGUAGACAAUAUAUGCCAGUCUGUUGCAAUCUAUCAGACAGCUCUUGAUAUCCGGCAGUCGGUAUUUGGAGGUAAAAACAUACAUGUAGCUACAGCCCAUGAAGACCUGGCUUAUUCCUCCUAUGUUCACCAGUACAGCUCUGGAAAAUUUGACAAUGCUCUAUUCCAUGCUGAACGUGCUAUUGGCAUUAUAACUCACAUCCUCCCAGAAGACCAUCUUCUCUUGGCAUCUUCAAAGAGAGUUAAAGCACUUAUCCUGGAGGAGAUUGCAAUAGACUGUCACAACAAGGAGACUGAGCAGAGGUUACUUCAAGAAGCUCACGACUUGCAUCUCUCCUCACUCCAAUUAGCUAAAAAAGCCUUUGGGGAGUUUAAUGUACAAACAGCAAAACACUAUGGCAACCUUGGGAGACUGUAUCAGUCCAUGAGAAAGUUUAAGGAAGCAGAAGAAAUGCACAUCAAGGCAAUUCAGAUUAAGGAGCAGCUUCUGGGUCAAGAAGAUUAUGAAGUUGCCCUGUCAGUGGGUCAUCUAGCUUCUCUUUAUAACUAUGAUAUGAAUCAAUAUGAAAAUGCUGAAAAGCUUUAUUUGAGAUCCAUAGCAAUUGGAAAGAAGCUUUUUGGUGAAGGAUACAGUGGACUUGAAUAUGAUUACAGAGGUCUCAUUAAACUGUACAAUUCCAUUGGCAAUUAUGAGAAAGUUUUUGAAUACCACAAUAUUUUGGCCAAUUGGAACCGGUUGCGGGAUCGGCAGUUCUCCGUCACAGAUGCUCUGGAGGACGUAAGCACCAGCCCUCAAUCCACUGAAGAAGUGGUCCAGUCUUUUCUGAUGUCUCAGAACAUUGAUGGACAGAGUAGCUAAGAACUUGGUCAAUUAACCAGUUAAGGUUUUUUUUCCCCAGGUUACAGGGGGAAAAGUCAUACUGUGAAAUCUAAACCAUGUAGUUCUCUGGGGGCUGGAAUUUGCAUUGAAACACUGGUCCAGUCUACUGAAGAGUGCCCAUAAGGAUGAAUGUGUGUUAAAUCCUUAUCAGCAUGUGUAUGGCAUGUUUAGUUCGGCUCACAUUUUUAACUUGGUAUUCGUGAAAACCCCUUCUUUCUCUUUUUCAAAAGAAGCUACUUUGCAGAAAGUCUGCAAGAAAACAUUAAAUAAAACUGUUUGAGUUCAAAAGAGUUGCAUUCUUGUUCUGAAUGGAAGGUUUCUUCAAGAGCUUUCUUCUGAUACAUAGAAAGAAUAAAUGCUGAACUAUGAGAAGUGACAUGAGAAGGAGGUUUCUCCUGUGCGCAUUGUAGCAAAGUAAAUUGCAAAGAUCAAGAAAAGGGGGAAUGUUCCAGCCUUGGCUGCUGCCUUAUGAAGUGAAGUGGCAAAUAACCACUUUGGAGAGCAACAUACUCUUUGUGAACCACCAUAGGUUGUUAAGGAAGUAACGACCGUAGGUUGUUGCUAAGAUCCUGAACUGGACCAGUGUUCAUCUGUGAGAGAAGAUCCAGUAGACCAGCAAUCUUAGUGUUCUUUGGUACCAACCAAGAGUGCUAAUCUUCUGAACAGGACCAGGAAAAUCAAAAGUGGACCAGCCUACUAGAAACAGUUUUUGGACCAGUGGCUUUAAUUUAAUAUUUCUUCCCCUGCAUUCACUUUUACAGUAGAAUCCUUUCAUUUAGAUGUAUGAUCAGUGCAAAAUGAUAUUCAUGUAAUAGAUACAAAACUAGGAAGUGAACGUUCUUUAGUGGUUGCAAUGGCAUGUCUGUACCUAGUGAGCUUAUACAGCUGUUAGUGUUGAUGCCACAAGCAAAAACUAGAAGCGCUUUAACUCUUUGCUGCAGCCAUCUUCUUUUCCUUUUGGAAUGGGCUUACUCUUAAGAAUUGAGGCAGUAACUUGUUUAUACCAGUUAAUAGUUUUGUAUUACAAUCCAGUUCAAUUUUAUGUUUCUGGAGAACACAACUUAUUGUACAGUUUGCAGGGGUCAGUGGAAAAAUGCCAAAAAGCACAACAGGUCUUUUUUGUGACGCUUCAUUUCUACAUUAAAACAAUAGUGCAACCAGAAACUGAUUCCUUUAUAUUAAUUUGAAAAGCAGAAGUCAGCUGUAAAGAUCCUUUAAUAAUGCCUAUCUCACUAGCUUGUCUUAAUUUUUCUUCUGUUGCGGGGGCUGCUUGGUUGUGUGGUGUUUUGUUUGUGUUUGUUUUUUUUUGUUUGGGUGUUUUUGGUUUUAAUAUAUUAUUUUUUUUUAAUGUUGAGGUAAUACUCAUUGGAAAGUCUGUGUAACAUAGCAAACUAGAAACAACUCACUGCUGUUACCUCAGUUUUAUGGCAGCACAAACGGUGCUCUUGUUAGGAUUCUGUCAGUUUUUUGGGUUUUCUCCCUUCACCCCCUAUUUUCAGGGGUUUAACUUGGCCAUGGAAGGUCAGUCCAAGCUGAGGCUCAGUGAGCCCUGUUCCUACAGGAAUUGGACUGGAUGGUUUGUUUAGGGUCUGGUUUUUAAUUUGUUUCUUGAGUUUGGGACAGGGAAAGCUGCUUGUUGGUCUUCAAGAAAGAGUGCAGAGAAGAACUAGAAAUUUCAGACAAGACUUCUUGGGCUUGAUGGCUCUUUUAAGAACUGAAAUUUUGCAGGCCAAUAGUUCAUAUACUGGUGCCUUCAAGUAACUUUCUGGAGGAAAGACUGAAUAAUAUCAACUUGAAAAUGCAGUUGUGUACUUAGUGAAUGCAGAUGGAAUGAUUGCGUACUUGGAAUAUCUUUACUGAUGUGAGAAGUAUUUGCAUUAAAAGCCCCUGUGGUGUUAAGGCUUAGACUGCAGUAUAUUCUCAAGGUCUGUUCAGUGAAAAGCCAACUUAAAAUGGUGUGGUUUUAAAAUCUUUAUUUAUUUGUAGCAAUUUUUGUUAAUGAUUGCUUUUAGGUACUACAAAUUCAGCUAUCUACAAGGCAAAAUGUGUUUAUCCCCGAAUGUCCAUACAGCAGGACACUGAACUACAAAGUUGUUACCAAUCCUUUUUGGACGUACUAUUAAAACUGUUUAAAAUUAAAUUAAAUAUGUAGUGUUAGUGUCAGAACUUAGGGAAGGUGUGCUUAAAGUUGUUCUAGAGAAGCUGUAAUUUCUGUACUGCAGAAGUUAAGAGCUUCAAACUGGAUGUAUGAGUUUACACAUGGAUUAUUUGGAGACCAUUUCUUUGUUCAGGGUUUCCAGUCUUGGGUCUUCAUUUCCAGCUUUUGACUAAUGAAUCUCAAAGAUCUCAAGUUGUUGUGUCUGGGAUGAGGAGCAUUGUUUGACUGAUACCAGUCAAAGUGGUGCACAUGAACCACUGCUGUCACUUCAGCUCUGGUUUGUGUGUCAUGGUUUGCCUUCAAGCUGGGGCAACCAGGAGAGCUUCCAACACGGGGCAGGUUAGGCAGGUGUCACACUUCUGUCUUCUAACCAAAUGCAUUGGUUCAGUUUGUUUAAUCAGUAGCUUUGUUCUUAGAUCUUGCUGGCUGGAUGUACUGUUCCUUCUUUACUAAAGCUACUUCACCAGCAUGUUGUAUCUUUUGGUGCUUUGGCUUGUCUAGAAGGAAUUAAAAGUCCUAAAAGUUACCCAGAGUUCUCUUUGAUAUAGGACUUUGGCCAAGAAGCGUGACUUGGCAAUGGAGCAGUUGCAAUGAUCCUUGCAGGACUAGCAGCAUGCUUUCCAUGUGACAGAAUCAAACCUGAACUUGACUCGUGGGUUGAACUUCUCCUUGUAGCAUCUCCACAACUCCAGUCACACCAAGGCACGUAAACUCAGGAGAAAGGUAGCUGUGGCUGAUGGCUGAAGUUGUUAAAGCACAGGAAGUAUGUAGAACUACUUUGCAGCUGCCCACAAAGUGCUCUGUUGCCUGCUCUGCAUGCCCUAGCUUGGAACCUUCACCUAAUGCUGCCCUUGCUGCAGAUGUAAUCUUUUUUCUCUGUGUAAUAACAGAAACCUUUUCUAGCUUUUGGUUCUGUAUCUCAUAAAUUGAGUUCUUGGAAGAUGUCUGUGUUGGCAUCUGGAGGCUAUUUGAGAUAUUGUGGUUUUAGUUGUUAAUUACUGUUACUGUCUCUGCUGUUACAGUUUGUUGUUUGAUGUUUUUGGAAAAGUAGGAGCCCAACUGACGACCUCAGAGGAAGGUAAAUGAUUGUGUUCCUCCAUGCCAGUGUGGUUGGAGUAGCUCUGGUAGUGUUACUUCAAUAUUCCACACCUUCUGCAGCAGACAGAGCUGGAGAAGCAGAGGUGCAGUCCCCAACGUUCUCCAUGCUCUGUGCUUUCCCAGUGCAGAACUUGCCAACAAACCCUGCGCCUCCCUUGCUCCCCUCAGAGGCAGAAUGGGGGGAUUCCCUCCUGUCCUUCCCCAGGGCAGGUUUUCCAUGUGCACCUGAAAGUAAGUACUGGGGAGGGGGCUGAACAUAAGCCUGGCAUGUUGGGAGGGCUCAUCCCCCUAUGACUCAAGUAGCCAACUGUGAAACACUAGAUAAAGUUCAUUAAUUAUUGGCAUUUGCUAGAUGCACAGUGCACCUCCCACUGGCUGAGCAGGUGCUGUUUGGUGCUGGCAUUAAAGGGGGAGACCUGGGAGUGGAAAUCCAGGGAAAUGCAUCUUCUGAGUUUUUCUUGAAGGUAAGUAAUUUAAUCACAGCAGAGGAACGGGAUGCAAGCCGUGAGGACAGGUGUCACCUUCAGGAAAAUUAUUGUAACUGUUGUUUCAGUUAAACCCAUAGUAUUUUAUUUUCAGCAUAAUGUUGUUUGAAUCAGUAAUUUGUGUGUCCUGUUUUCUGUGAACGCUGCAGUUGGUAACAAGAGUGUGGAAGGUGAUGUCAGGAUUCCUCCUUGGUGUUCUUAGGACGUGGGCUGUUUGGGAUGACUUGUUAUGGAAGGGGGAAAGUACACAAAGAUUAAGAGCUGAAAAAAGGGGAAAAUUGCAGAAAGAUAUUUGGAAAUAAAUAUAUCCCUCGGCUACUUGAAGUAAAACAGCUGGUAACUAUUUGGCCCCAAACAGUUGUUUGGUCACGUUUAUAGGAUGAUAUUAAUUACAACCAGUACGUGUCUGCCUUGGUGUCCUAGUCUUCAUGUGCACUCUGUGUCCAUACCUAUUGUCUAAGACUUUUAUUUUCUUCUUGCACACAGGUUUUGUUAAAUAAUUUGAAGGGGUUUUGUUGUUGAAUUCUAACUUAUUAGGACAACAAUGUUCUUUUGUAACUUUAAAAAUGAAGUUAUUAUUUCAACAUGCUGCAGUCUGAAAUCUGCUAAAGGUGCCAUUGUGCUGCUUUUCAUGGUACAAAAAAAAUGCACAUUUACCUUGAUUUCCUUUUUAUAGUCCUACGUGUUGGUAGAGCACAAAAAGGAAAAUGCAUCGUGCCUAGAACAUGGUUGAACUUCACUUGAUUUGUGUUGAUCUGGUUUGACUUUGCAGGCUAUAGCAGCAAAUAGCGUGGGGAGAUGUUGCUGUUAAUAAACAGGGGUCCUUCCCCCUGUGGCCUGGGCAGAAACCUUCUUUUCCCUAAAUGUCAUUAUUUCCCUUUUUUUUUUUCCUUAUGUUUUAUAAAUUACUGGCCAAAUAUUAGUUGCAAACCUGACUCUUUAGUUGAGGCUGUUUCCAUGUUGGACACGACUGGCCUGUUGUACCUUGUGUUUCUUGGCCUUGUGAGGUUUUCUGUGAGAAGCAGGGAAGACAUUUCCUCUAUGUAGAAAUGAACUAAACUUCGUACAAAAAAUUGGCAGCACUGGUGAUGCUUUUGUCCCUAAAUCUCAGGAAUGUUUUAGGCAGUGAAACAGGUUUCCCUUCAGUGAUAUCAAGGUGCGUGCUCUAGGGUCUUGUUGAACAAUAUUCCAUUGCAAUCCUAGGUAUCUAUAGCAUGAGUGGCCUUAGUGAGUUUGUUGAAGUGCACAUUUUUUUCUUUUCCUCGAAACUAAAUUUUAAGAUGAAAAAAUAAAAUAUAUAUACUAUAUAAAUAUAUAGAGAUAUUUAGAAACUUGGUUUGUGGUGCACAAGUUCAGUGUUGGAUCGCUAAAUAAUUGUCACAGGUACCAUAUGUGUAACUUUUUUCUUUUAUGUAUAUUCCUUUAUGGGAAGCAAUGUUGCCAUGGUAACUACAACUUUACAAUUUCUUUACUACUUAAUGAUGUGAAUGAACUCUACAUUUUAUUGAAUAUUACCAGGUUCAGUACUAUUUUUAUACUUUAUUGAACUACAGGGGAUUUUAAUUUAAUAGCAUUUAAAAAAAAAAAAAAAGUUGCUUGAACUGUAUAACUGUAUAAAUCAAACGACUUACACAAAAACCACCUCUAAACCAGAAUCUCUACCUGUAGUGCCACGUUCAUUUAUAUGAGAGUAUCUUGAUCAUUACUAGACUUUGAUGACCACCCUACUUGUCAAGACUAAGUUUCUUAUUCUACUUCUCACAGACUGCAGUGCCCGACAUUAUUUGUAACCAUCAAACCAUACUAUGUUUGUAACCAGCAUUGUGAUAUUCUGUAACUGUAUUGCUAAAAUGAAAUAUUGACCUAAUAAAUAUAGUGUUCCCGCA